UUCGAAAACCACAUACUGCCCCUGAUAGGUAGAUUGCGCCUAGUCUCGGCAAAUUUCCCUGCUGCCGUAGCAAGCAGCGAGCAGCACCGUCCAGUCCCUAGUACAGAAGAAUAGUAUACCGAUAGCCACUUAACUCGCUUAUAAGUCGUCUCCACCAUGCCAGCCCAGCAUCGUCCGCUAUGGUGGUAUGGCUGGAACGCAUUAAGAGGCGGAAACCCUACCUUUCUGACACCCGACCAAGUUCCUGUCCCUGACCUCUCGGGCAAAUGGAUUAUUAUCACCGGUUCAAACAGUGGAAUCGGCCUUGAAGCAGCAAAGGCCUUUGCCUCAGCCGGCGCAAAUCUCAUACUGGGGUGCCGAGAGCCGGCGGCAUGGGAGACGCACCCGGCCGCGGCGGCUGAAGAGUGCCAGACGUUGGCCCGGGUAAACGGACAUACGGAGUCGGUGAUAGAAUGGUGGAAGAUUGAUAUGGCGGACUUGAGCGCCGUGGACGCGUUCGCUCAGCGCUGGCUGGAUACCGGCCGUGCGCUUGACAUCCUGUGCAAUAAUGCAGGCAUGGGGCCGACGGGCUCAAGGAAGCCGAUACUGACGAAGGACGGGCUAGAGAUACUGCAUCAGGUCAACUUCACCUCCCAUGUCCUUCUGACGCUGCGCGUGCUCGACUCUCUCGCAAAGGCUCCUCAACCCCGGAUCGUCUGCACAACCUCGUGCUUCCACUUCCGAGGAUAUUUCGACCUGGAUCAUUUCAACGGCGAAUUAGGCAUGGCGGGCGACCCAUACCCUAACAACAAGCUCUACUUCCAGGUCUGGCUGACCGAACUCCACAGCCGUCUCUUAGCCAGCCCCAAUUACAGACACGUCACCGUCAACGGCAUCAACCCGGGCUACGUAAAUUCAGGGAUCUGGAACAACCCGCUUUCUGAGACCAAGAACACGUGGAUUGACACCGCGUACAAAUUCUGGAAAUUCGUCGCAAGCAUUCUCGCCAUCAGCCCGCAGCAGGGGAGUCUGGCAAUUGUGUAUGCAGCCACCAGUGCAGAGUUUGGACCCGACCCUGUCACGCAGGGGGUGGGGGAGAUUGGGGGGAAGGGUGGUGGGCACUAUAUUAACCGGAUCUGGGAAGGCGAGGCGAUGCCUCACUGCUCAGACGAAGAAUGUCGGAAAGAGGUUUGGGAGAAGGUGGGCAAAGAGCUGGGAUUGGAGGAAAGGGGGUUGGGUCAUUGGGUAUAA